AUGUCUGCCCCACGCGUCCUCAUCCUCGGCGGCCACGGCAAGGUCUCCCUCUUCCUGCAGCCGCUCCUGCUGGCCAAGAAAUGGCACGUCACCAGCGUUGUGCGCAACCCGGCGUACGAGGCCGAGAUCCUGGCGCUGGGAAAGGACAAGCCGGGAAAGAUCGACGUGUUGGUGGACAGUCUCGACGACGUCAAGGAAGUGAGCGACGCCAAGAGGGUGCUCGAGAAGGUCAAGCCGGAUAUUGUGGUGUGGAGUGCCGGAGCCGGUGGGAAGGGCGGGCCGGCCAGAACAAAGGCCAUUGAUAUGGUUGCCGCGAAAUGCUACAUCUCCGCGUCGCUGGCGAUGCCGAGCGUCAAGAAGUUCCUGAUGGUCUCAUACCACGCGUCUCGAAGGGGCUAUCCCCCGUGGUGGACCGACGAAGACCGCAAAGCCGCUGACAACACCAACCAAAAUAUUCUGCCAGCCUACUACCAAGCCAAAGUGGAGGCGGACGAGCAUCUCGAGGCCCUGGCGAAGAAGAGGUUUGACAGCGGAGAUCAAGAGUUCCAAGCCAUCAAUUUGAGGCCCGGCACUCUGACGGAUAAGCCGGGGACGGGAAAGGUGACGCUGGGCAAGACGCACGUAGGCGGCGGUGUGCCGCGCGAGGAUGUCGCACGGGUCGCCGCGGCGCUGUUGGACCGCAACGACACAAGAGGGUGGUUUGAUUUGUUGGAGGGCGACGUCCCCAUAGAAGAAGCGAUUGACAGCCUCGUCAAGAGCGGGCACAACGGUCUUGAGGGAGAGGAUAUGCAAAGGAUCUGGGCGAGAGAGACGUGA